UAAAUUUUUGCAUGUCGUCUGGAGGACGAUUUGCACCUUACAAAAAUGCUCUCACCGCGAUUUCUAAGAGGGCGGGAACACCACUACCUUCUCUCAUAGUUUCUUUUGCCAUCCUUCAUGAAUUAACUGCCAUCGUUCCCAUUGUGGGCAUUUUUUACACAGCACGCAGUCUAGGUGCAGGCGAGCGCAUUGUCAACGCUGUUGCUCUCCAACGAGAUGGCUCUAUCGAUGACCAGUAUUGGGUGAACACCCGGCUGAGAUCGUGGGCUGAUGAAGGCGAGCAAUGGGCUGGUCGCGUUGGACGUCGAUAUGGCAUCUUCGGCUUUGAGAAAGGCAAGGUCGUCGACCAGACCCAGGCGCGCGAGUUGUCUGGUAAGCUAGCGGGGGACGUUGCUAAUGCAGUUCUGGCUUAUGGCGCAGUCAAGGCACUUUUACCCGUCCGCAUUGGUCUUUCGCUAUAUAUUUCUCCAAUUUUCUCUCGGACAGUUGUGGAGCCGAUUCGAUUGGGUGGUCUUCGUCUAUUAGGACGCAGACCGAAAUCCAUGUAAAAGGUGGGUGACGUUCCUAUAUUUUCUUUUCAUGAUGAUUUCGCUUGCCGCCCCAGUCGUAGCUAUAAGCGUUGACGAACGGUAGAGCAUACAGCCAAAAAUUUGCACCACUGAUUCUAUCCUUGCCUCUUUCUUUCCAUAAUUUCGAAGCUUACCAUCUGUCUCACAGGUUAUCGUUAUAUAAGCGGCACAUUCCUACUAGUAAUGAGCAUACCCUUUUGUCACUUGAAAGUCGUCUUAUGCAAUGCUCAUU